GCUCACGUCGUAGCGACGGCGGUGGCGAGCGGCGUCAGAGCUUGAAGGGGGGGCUGACGACUGCUGGCGGGUGGCGGUGUUGAAGGCGAGAGCUUGCUUAGCCCUUAUCGCUUCUGUCCCAGGACUCGGACAGAGAGUGAGGGAACGAGGGUCGCUUUCGGGGGCUGCUGCCUUCCGCGUACGCGACGUCGUCAGGAGCGCAGCCCGGACUCUGCUGUAAACACUGCGGCUCCUUUCCCGCACGCCUCGAGGCGGCGGUGGCGGCGGCGGCAACCGAGAGAGCGUCUCACCUUCCCUCAGCCCUUCCCCUUGUCCCCCCCGCCCGAAAGGGCCCGAUCUGCGCCCCACCCCCGCCUGUCCGCCCGCCCGCUACGCCGCCGCCAUGUCGGCGCAGGCCCAGAUGCGCGCGAUGCUGGACCAGUUGAUGGGCACCUCCCGGGACGGAGAUACUACUCGUCAACGAAUCAAAUUCAGUGAUGACAGAGUAUGCAAGAGUCACCUUCUCAACUGUUGCCCCCAUGAUGUCCUCUCUGGGACUAGAAUGGAUCUUGGAGAAUGUCUGAAAGUCCAUGACCUGGCUUUAAGAGCGGAUUAUGAAAUUGCAUCCAAAGAACAAGAUUUUUUCUUUGAACUUGAUGCUAUGGAUCAUCUUCAGUCAUUCAUUGCAGAUUGUGAUAGAAGAACAGAAGUGGCUAAGAAAAGAUUAGCAGAAACUCAAAAAGAGAUUAGUGCUGAAGUGGCAGCAAAGGCGGAACGUGUUCAUGAGUUAAAUGAAGAAAUUGGUAAAUUGUUGGCUAAGGUGGAACAACUAGGAGCUGAAGGGAAUGUGGAAGAAUCCCAGAAAGUAAUGGAUGAAGUAGAGAAAGCACGAGCAAAGAAAAGAGAAGCAGAGGAAGUUUAUCGGAAUUCUAUGCCAGCUUCCAGUUUCCAACAGCAGAAACUUCGAGUCUGUGAAGUCUGCUCUGCCUAUUUAGGUCUUCAUGAUAAUGACAGACGAUUGGCUGAUCAUUUUGGGGGUAAACUGCAUCUGGGAUUUAUUGAAAUAAGAGAGAAGCUUGAAGAAUUAAAGAGAGUUGUAGCUGAAAAGCAGGAGAAAAGAAACCAGGAACGCCUGAAGCGAAGAGAAGAAAGAGAGAGAGAAGAAAGGGAGAAGUUGAGGAGGUCUCGAUCACAUAGCAAGAAUCCCAAAAGAUCCAGGUCCAGAGAGCAUCGCCGACAUCGAUCUCGCUCCAUGUCACGGGAACGGAAGAGGAGAACUCGAUCCAAAUCUCGGGAGAAACGCCAUCGCCACAGAUCUCGCUCAAGCAGCCGAAGCCGCAGCCGCAGCCACCAGAGAAGUGGGCACAGUUCUAGAGACAGGAGCAGAGAGCGAUCCAGGAGGAGAUCCUCAAAAGAAAGAUUCAGAGACCAAGACUUAGCAUCACGUGACAGAGACAGGAAUUCAAGAGACAGAUCACCUCGUGACAGAGAUCGAAAAGAUAAGAAGCGGUCCUAUGAGAGCGCUAAUGGCAGAUCAGAAGACAGGAGGAGCUCUGAAGAGCACGAAGCAGGGGAGAUAUAAUUAGCUGUGUACAUAUCCUCAAUCCUUAAGCUUCCUAUGGAGUUACAUACUGUUGUUUAGUUUACAGCUGUUCGGGGUGACACAGGGAGCAGUUCCAGACACCGAUCCAGCUAGGCUAGAUGUACAGGAUCUAACUUGAUCUGAACCGAACUGGUUUUCCUUGAUGAAGCCUAGACUACAUCCAUAGUUUCUGGUGAACCUGUGAUACAAUUCUGAAAGUACAGUUUUAUAUAAGAUGCGAACGUCUUUAUUCUUAUUAGUAGGAGUGAUAGUGGACGGAUUGUGUAAUUUGCCUUGGGUUUUUUGAACAUUUGUAAAAUGCUGUCUUCCUUUCUAGUCCAAACAGCGCAGCUUUGGGAGUUUUCCUUUUUAAUUCUUCUUCCUCUGACUUUUGUAUCCCCUAAUAUCUCCCAUUCUCUAAUUAUAAGAGAAGUGUGGGGGGGCGAUAUAACUUCUGUUCUAAGGUUCUGUUCCCAUUAAUUACUAGCUGAUUACAGUUCAGAGCAUUUAUACUGGAAUGUGUGCUGGAGAAAUUUAAAUACUGGGUGGGUUUUUGUUUGUUUUAGAGUUGAAAGUUGAACAGCUGUUGCAUUACAUACUUUGCUUUUUUAUUGACAAUUUGAAAUCAAACAAGUCUUGAUUUUUCUGUUGUAUUGAAUUGCUGCGUUCAGGGUGUUUUGAAAAGGGGGUGGGGGCAGGGACUUUUUCAUAAGCACUUCUUGUUUUAUUUUGUGUGUGUGGAAUAUAAAGGCUACACCCUUAUUGUAAAAAAUAAUAAUAAAAUGAAAGAAACAAUCACCACCACCAUCAUUAAACUGUAACUUGUCUAGUAAAUUGUCACUAAAACUAUUUGCUGUGGGCAUUUCUUCUAUUCUGUUAUAUCAUUAAUAGUGCCUUACUGUGCAAGGCACCAAAGGAAAUCAGUAUAUACUUGCGAAGAUUCAAGAUGAACUGUUCUACCUGGGUCCUUGCUGACUGUAUUCCAGCUGCUUCAGGGCUGCCUAUAACAACCGCUAUCGAGACGGACUGGACCUCCAGAAGAAAUUGGGGUUUUCAUUUGUUUUUGUUUUGUAUUUCUUCUCAUUCAGCAAACUGAAAUAAAAACAUGGUAUAACCAAUGUAA